AUGCCGCCCAAAGGCGUCAAAACCCUUCCCCCAGCUGUGGACCCCGAUGUCGACUCGCCAGCCGCACAGCAGGAACAAUCCCACCUCUCGGGCAUGGCAGACUUUGAGCUACCGCGCACGACGUUGAUCAAACUGGCCAAGGGCUCGAUCCCCGACAAUGUCAAGAUGCAGCAGGACGUAGUGAUGGCGUUGAUGCGGUCGUCCACCCUCUUCAUCAGCUACCUGGCUGCUGCAUCACACGAUCAAGCGAUUAACAGGUCCGGCAAGACCGUCACCCCCGCCGACGUGCUCAAGGCGAUAUCCGAGCUGGACUUUGGGCCUGCCGAUAAUCUCAUCCCCCUCUUGGAGCGUGAACUAGCUGGUGCGUACACAGAACUGCAUCGCUGA